AUGGUAGUGCCUUGGACGGUGUUCGUGGGCAACCUCCGGUCGGGCGACGUCUCUGCCGAGCAGCUGGAAGCUUUGUUCAGGGCCGCCGGACCGCUGUCAGGGGUUCGCGUUGCCCCCGGUUCCUCCUUCGGGUUCGUGGAGUUCGAGCGGCAUGAGGAUGCUGCUAAUGCGAUUGCCAAAAUGGAGGGCUUUGAUAUCGGGGGCAACCACGUGCGGCUUAGCUGGGGAAACCACAAGUCGCGGCCUUCCCAGCAAGGUGGCGACGGCGGCGGCUACGGUGGUGGCAGGGGCGGCUUUGACGGAGGCGGCAGCGGCUACGGUGGUGGGAGGGGGGAAGAUCCCCCUGUGAACCCCGACAACACGAGCGUGUUCGUAGGGAACCUCAAAAAGGACGGGAGCACUACGAUGCAGGACCUGAAGGAGGCAUUUGUUUCCGCCGGGUGCAAGUUCUCGGACAUUGUGCAGGUUCGGCUGACAGGCAAGGGCUACUCGUUUGUGGAGUUCGCUAGCCACGACACUGCGGCUAAGGCUAUCGAGCUCAUGCACAACCAGAAGAUCAAGAAGGGUAUGCGGGAAUCGAGCGGUGGGUGGAAAUGA